CCACCUCUAAUUCCGUAGUUGUUAUUUUCACAACAAUGUCCAAAAUAUUUACGCCUACAAAUCAAAUUCGCCUCACAAACGUCGCAAUAGUGCGACUGAAAAAAGGAGGUAAGCGGUUUGAGAUAGCCUGCUACAAAAACAAGGUCCUUUCCUGGCGAAACAACAGUGAAAAGGACAUCGAUGAGGUUCUGCAGACGCACACCGUGUUUACAAAUGUCUCCAAAGGACAGGCAGCCAAGAAGGAUGAGUUGCAGAAGGCCUUUAAUAAAACGGAUGAAACUGAGAUUUGCAAAGAAAUCCUGAGCAAGGGGGAGCUGCAGGUUUCGGAGAAAGAACGCCAGAGUGUCCUAGAUACGCAACUAAACAGCAUCGUGAACAGCGUGGCUGCCUUGUGUGUCAAUCCUGAAACCAGGCGUCCUUACCCGGCUUCCAUCAUUGAAAAAUCCCUGAAGGAUGCACACUUCUCCGUGAAGAUGAACAAGAACACAAAACAAAACACACUGGAAGCCAUAAAAAUGCUCCGAGAGCAUCUGCCCAUCGAAAGAUCCCGAAUGAAGCUCCGAGUUAGCUUUGCUGGUAAAGAGGGUGGAGGCAAAUUAAAAGAGUCAGUGGUGAAGCUUGCCAACGCGGUGGAGCACGAGGAAUGGGAGGAGUCCACACUUCACCUGACCCUGCUGAUAGACCCUGGCCAAUACCGCGUCAUAGAUGAGCUGGUCAGGAACGAAACCAAGGGCAAGGGCCUGCUAGAGCUACUCGAACUCAAGGAGGUCGUGGAGAGCGAAGAACUCUUUUAGAAAUACUUGGAUUUCGAAUGCAAUUGUUUUCUGUGUACAUUUGUUUAUAUUUAUGUGAAACAUAAAGAAUAUAAUUUAAACAAGAGGUUUAAAUUCAAGGGCUGAA